AAGCCUCAAUAAGCCUAGGCCUGCAGUUCUCACCGCAAGAAGUAAAAUUCCUUGCACUCACAGGCUUGGCUCCACACUGUAUCUCCACAAGUACCGCUGCCAUUAUCUAUCUAUCAGACCCAGACUUGCCCGCCCACACGGGUUUCUCGUCAGAGCCGUACAUGUACCGGGCGAUUUUGUUCUGGGAUAUGAACUUCUUCUUUUCUCCCAUUUGUCUGUUUUUGUCUUCUUCCAGUUCGCCUUACAAUACAUUGCACUAGCCUUCCAUAUAAUCGAAAAGUGGCUUUUGGAAUCGAGGCUUUUUCCGACCGUUGAGCUACGUGGGCAAAAAAGUGAUUUUUGAUAUGGUGAAUAGUUUUGAAUAACCAACCCAGAAUCUAUCGUUGAUAGAAAGGGAUCUCAUAAUCGCAUUUGAUAAAAAGAGCAUUUGCAAACAUGGAUGAUUAUAUGUUUACGUGUGUAUUACAAAUUUUGGAUUUGGGUUUGAAAUUUUUGCUGAUCGGAUUUCUUACAGGACAAAUGUCGCUCGUUGCAGAAAUGUCACUGAACAUACCAGCUAUUUGGAGAUGAUAUCCUAUUCGGUAAGAACUGCAUUUAAUAGUAAUGAAAAUCAUUGCUAAUGCUUCUCAGGAUUCAUCUCUGAAUUCGAUAGAAGAACACCCUCUAACUCCGGAUGAAUUUGAGAAUUUCCUCAACCGAAGGGUAAGAUGGGUUAACCUCUAGCAUUAUGAUAUCCUACUAACGCUCAUUCUUCUAUAGGGUGCUUUUGCUCCCCCAGAAUUACCAGAGGGAGUAGUUCAGAUAGCUUGCGUUCGAUUGAUGUGAGUAGUCAUCGACGAACCUUUCUUGCCAGGUACUGACAUUUUUAGUCUUCAAUUAAAUGCUAAUCAUCCUGACACUUUCGCCCCCAAUGUCCUCAGUUUCCCAUCUUCCACAUAUAUUUCCAUGGUGAAGACUAUGAACCUACCUUAUAGAUCAAUCGAAUCUGGGAGUGCUGUUGGUCCAAUAUUCUGGGCUGCUUAUGAUCAGGAUGAAGAGAACCCUCAUCUACGCAAGUCUUCUCUUAUCGUCUCUGUCAACACCCAACUAACAUGACAUCAGAGAUUGUAAACCGUAAAAGCGAUGUACGGAAAAAGGGUAUGACUCGUGGUUGGGAACUUACUCUCUCCCACGAUAUCAAAAAUGGCAUCACGACGGGAUAUGCGAAAGGCACACCAAGCUCCGACAUGGUAGAAUCCAUUCAACAUCUCAAAGCCUGUAUUCUCCAAAUUGGACAUCCGAUGCUCUUGCCGGCUAUCAUCUUUUCCCACGAUAUAUCAUUCAAAACUGAUCUUAAGCAACGAGACGCACGUGACUGGUUGCGAAAACUCGAGCAUGCUGUAUCUAUGCGAUCAGAAAUCGAAGAGAAGGAGGGUUAUGUGAGAGAAGGUGUUAUCGAUCUCGAUGCGAUCAAUAGAGAUUUGGUUGAAUGUCAUUCUCAGGUUCUAUGGAAGAGACCGAAGGCUUACCUACAGAUUCUAUCACAGCUUGAGAAGGCGAUGAAGAUGUUUGAUGAAAGAUUACCAGAAGAGAGAAAAGAUGCAUCGAUGAGAGCUUUACAGGCUAGUAUGUUGGCAAGAUUUGAUUUUUAUCGGGUGAAACUUCAGGGUAUCGAGAGUUACGCGUAUACAACACUCCAGAGAUUAGAUAUCCAAAGAAGUGCAGUGCGUAUUCCCCUUUUCUCAUCCCUAGCAAAACUAACCGAAGAAACCAGCUCUAUAACAUCAUCGCGCAAAAAGAAUCCAAACUCAACUUCCAAAUGGCCAAAGAACAACGUCAACUAGCUCACGCCGCAAAACGUGAUUCCAGCACCAUGAAAACAAUCUCUCUUCUCAGCGCCAUCUUCUUUCCCGGCGCCUAUCUCGCCUCAGUCUUCUCCAUGACAUUUUUCAAUUUCCAGAACGAUGGCACGCCAGCUGUAAGCGAAAGUUUCUGGCUUUAUUGGGCCGUGACGAUUCCCUGCACGAUGAUUAUAGUAGGCUGGUGGUAUAUUUGGGAAAAGAAAAGGGAGAGAAGGUAUAACUUGGAGGACAUUGAUCUAGAGCGCGGAAGUGACGAUAUGGAAAAGGAGAUUAUGGCGACCAUGAGGAAGAGGACUAUGAGUAAGGCCAGUACGUGGGAUAAACAGAAUCCACCGAUGGUUGGGUCUCAUGGGAAUGGGCAUGUGCAUGUUCAUGCGAUUAGUGAGAAGGUUCAUGGACUGGGGGAGAAGCUGGGGAAGAAAAUGGAGUGAGUGAUGCAUGAGUGGGUUUAGCCUGCAAUCAAAUGCGAUUUUGACGAAAUGAAAUGAAGAAGUGCAUACGACGGAGUUUGGAUAUUCCUCCAUUUUAUUUAUUGGACACGAAGGAUGGGAUAGCAUAGCAUAGGAUGGGAUACAUGCAUGGAACGGUAAAAGGAGUUUUGUUUGUUCGUUCCCCUCAGCCUUUAUUUUUUCACAUAGGAUUUACGAUAACGGGAAUGAUGAAAGAUGACGAUCACGAUGACGAUUUCACGAUGGCAAAUGAUGAUGAUACGAAUUAGAUUGGAUGAAUGAGUGGAGAUUAGAUAACCUUAUAAAAGAGAAAAUAUAAAAUAUAAAAUAUAAAAUAU